AUGGAAACGGAAGAGGAAAAGCCUACAAAGCUGCCAGCGAGCUCUGUCUUCGACCAUACAGAACAGCCCGUAGAAGAGGAAGAAGCCGAGUCCAGUGCUGACGAGUCCAGCGCUCACGAUAAGAAAGAAGAAGAACCAGCCCAGCACAACAAGGAAGAGAUAGCACUUAACAACAUGGAGUACAUGGGAGAUUUCACCAGGCCUAUUAUAGGGGACACUAACACCUCGGCUAUUGUAUUCCCUACCGCCGUCCGAAACUACAAUUUGAAGCCGAUUGAUUCCAGCUUGUUACCUCUGUUCCACGGGAUGCCGAGUGAAGACGCACUGCAAUUCAUUCGUGAUUUUUGCACGCAAGUUCAAACUAUCCCACUUCUGAAUCUUACGGAUGAUCAACUAAAGCUCAAGUGCUUCCCGAAGUAUAGCUGCAAAGAAGAGGAGGGAGCCAGCUCCGCCAAUUCCAGCUCUGACUCUGAACCUGAAGCUCCAGAGCAGACCGUACAAGAGGAGGAAGCCAGCUCUACCAAGUCCUACUCUGAUUCUGAACUACCAGAGCAGAGUGCAGGAGAUGAGGAACUAGAUUCGCCAGCCAGCUCUGACUCUGAGCCUUCAGAGCAGCCAACGAAAGAGGACGCUAGCUCUGCCGAUACAGAGCACACGACAGAAACGGCAAACCAAGCUAAGGAGGAAGAGGCCAGCUCCGCCAAUUUCAACCCUAAGCAGAAUUUAAACGAGGAAAAGAAGGAGAUGGCCCAGCACACGGAAUAUAUGGGAGACUUCACCAGAUCGGAGCAGGAAUGCGUGGAAGUCUACGCUGGAUCAGCCGACAUGGAGGAAUUGGCUAGGGAAGUUGAAGAGUUCAGCGCUGCCCAGCCAGCUCUGCCCUUCAGCAAUGCCCAGCCGACUCUGCCCUUCAGUGAUGACCAACCAGCUCUGCCGAGCUCAGCGCUGGAACUGAAGGAACUUCCCGCCAAUCUCAAUCUUUUCAUGAUUGCUUGA